GAAGAGGGAUGCAGAGGAGAUGGCUGAAGUUAGAUAGCCCGGUGUGGGGGGAAAUGUACAACAUGGACCUUCUCCGGGGGACAGACGGGAUCACAGGGCGGUGGUUUGUCCUUGCGCUGUUGUUAGGAUGCUGCCUCGGGUCGGUGAAAGGUUUCGGGUCGAACCUGGACAGCGAGUUCACGUUUCUGUUGCCAGCCGGAAGAUCCGAGUGUUUCUUUCAAACGGCAGUAAAAAAUGGUACGAUGGAGGUCGAAUAUCAGGUGAUAGCAGGUGCCGGCAUGGACGUAGACUUCACCAUACUCUCCCCACAAGGCGUCUUGCUCAUCAUUGAGUCUCGGCGCUCUGACGGAGUCCAUGUGGUGGAGCCCACAGAGGAGGGAGACUACCAGAUCUGUUUCGACAACAGCUUCAGCCGCUUCUCGGAGAAAAUGGUGUUUUUUGAGAUUAUAAUCGAGGGACAAGGGGGCGAUGUGGGUGGAGAUGAAGAGUGGGCGGGGUUAGAGGAGCCUGAUGGAAGCCUGUUGGAGUACAAGCUGGAAGACAUCAGGGAGUCCAUGGACUCUCUACACAGGCGUUUGGAGCGCAGCCGACAGAUGCAGACGGUGUUGCGGGCGUUUGAGGCACGGGACCGAAACCUUCUGGAGGACAACCUGUGGAGGGUGUCGUUCUGGUCCUGUGCUAGUGUACUGGUCAUGCUGUGUGUGGCUUUCACUCAGGUCUACACUGUGCGUAAACUGUUUGAUGAUAAGCGGAGGGUCUGCACUUAGAGAAAUGCUCGUCCUGUCAUUUCAGGCAUGUGCACCUACCUGCCCAAUAAGAUUUCAGUUAAGGUAAUUUUUUUUUUUUUUUUUUUUGUAACUUAAGCAUAUAGACCAGAAAACAGUCUAAGAUGUGAUCAUAAAACAUGGGGUACUGAGAAAGUUAAAGUUGUGUGUUUUUUGUUUUUCAUUUUCAUGAAGUGCCUUUUAAUGUCACGGCUAAGGGCAGUCCAAUGAGGAAAUGCUUUAAAAAGGUACUGUCUGUAACAUAUGCAGUUCUGAAACUUGUUUGAGGUCAGGGGAUUUUUUUUUUUUUUGCUUUUUAAGGCUGACAUUAUUACUUUUAAAGGUGAAAGGUCGGUUAUAUGACGCAAUUCCAAAAUUUGACCGUGUGUUUUUUCACUUCUGAGUUUGACCGUUUACAAGAGAUGACAAUGUGCAAUAGUCAGCGAUUGUUUUCUUCACGGUGACGAUAGAUGAUAAUGGUUUUUGUGCGAGUGAUUCCUCCUCUGACACUCCUUUUUUAUGUUACUCAUUGUAUUUCAUGUGCCAGUAGAACUCCAUGCACACAUGUUGACAGUUAAGAAUGUAU